GAGCCGCUGGGGAGGGGGAGGGGAGUCGCUGGGGGCCGCCCGGCGUGGCACGGUGCCGCCGCGCGGGUGCGGGAGGAGAUUGGGUUCGGGCUUGGCACCACACAACCGUCUGUGUGCGAUCUUUUGCCCUUGGUUAUACGAUCGAAGAUGUGUCAUCAGUGGUUUUCGUUGACUAAGACACUUAAUUCUCAUAAAAUAAGACCUAGUUCUCACUCGACCAAAACCUAGGUGCCCCCUAUUUAUAUUGACAGAAACUCAGGGCUUCAAUGUUCGUUACAACCAACGACAUCUCCAAAAGGCCUACAUGAAAAACCGUGUCAAAUGGAGAUUAUAACAAGGUGACUCUCCAAGCGCUUUUGUCUGAAGUUUGCUCACAUACUGACAUUUUCUAUCCGAUCCUUGCCCGACACAGAGCAUCAAACCAUCCGUAGGUGGCACCAGAGUGCAGCACAACACUAGAUAUUGCAUCUAAAUGAAUCGUACAAGAACCGGACACAAAAGGUGUCCUACAUGAAGUACAUUCCUUUUACUAGUAUUAUACUAGCACUCACUGUCGGAUUGAAAUAGUGUAGCGGCAAUAUUGAGUUGCUUUGGAGUCAAGAAAUCUGGGAAUCCUCCCAUGACGCUCCUUGAUAGUGGCGUUGUCGAUGCCAAUGAAGACGACCCGGAGUGUUUAUAUAACGGCUUGCAUUUCUGUUGUUGUACUCACACUCCCAGAGUGCAUUCCCAAAACCUUCACUCGUAAGUAUGGCACGCCUCUGUUUCCCUCUACUUGUUGUGCAGCUGCUCUUGCUCAUCGCCGGUGUAGCCGGCGGGCCGUGGCAGGAGUUCCUCCGCCCACAGUCCGACGUGGACAAUGAUGUCAUCGGGACGCGGUGGGCCGUCCUCAUUGCUGGCUCCAAAGGUUUCGAAAACUACCGCCACCAGGCGGACGUAUGCCAUGCGUAUCAAAUCCUGAAGAAAGGCGGGUUAAAAGACGAGAACAUCGUCGUCUUCAUGUACGAUGACAUAGCAAACAACUCCGCCAACCCCAGGCCGGGGGUCAUCAUAAACCAUCCCAACGGUAGCGACGUGUACGCCGGAGUUCCAAAGGAUUACACAGGAGAGGAUGUGAACGUGAAGAACUUCCUCGCCGUCCUGCUCGGCGACAAGUCAGCGCUCACUGGCGGCACCGGCAAGGUCAUCAAUAGCAGCCAGGACGACCACAUUUUUGUGUAUUACACCGACCAUGGAGGUCCAGGGGUGCUUGGUAUGCCAACCUUAAGUGAGAGCCUGUAUGCCAAUGACCUGGUGGAAACUCUUGUGAAGAAGCACUUGGCCGGAACGUACAAGAGCCUGGUGUUCUACCUAGAGGCGUGCGAGUCCGGGAGCAUCUUCGAGGGCCUCCUGCCAGCCAACAUCAGCGUCUACGCCACCACAGCCUCAAACGCGAACGAGAGCAGCUGGGCCACGUACUGCCCCGGCGGCAGGGAGGGAGAAGCCCCUCCUCCGGAGUUCAUGACCUGCCUGGGUGAUCUCUAUAGUGUCUCGUGGAUGGAGGACAGCGACGUGCAUAACCUUCGUAACGAGUCCUUCGAGUUGCAGUACGACAAUGUGAAGAAUAGGACGCUCUCCUGGUCACAUGUGAUGCAGUACGGUGAUCUAGGUCUGAAUGCUCAGACCCUGGACAUCUUCAUGGGUUCCUCCGAUCCUGCCAACCACAGCGCCACGGUCGGCAGCACAGAUAAUUCGCUGGGGCAGCUUUCCUCUGCUGUGCACCAGCGUGAUGCUGAUCUUCUCUACUUCUGGCACAAGUACCGGAGAUCAUCGGACGGCAUGUCCGAGGAGGCUCGGAAGGAACUGCUGGAGGUGAUGGCACAUAGGUCCCGAGUCGACAAGGGCAUCGAGCGCAUCGGUGGCAUCCUUUUCGGCACCGAGGCAGGCCCCCAAUUCCUCACUGCCGUACGUCCGACCGGCUGGCCUCUGGUUGAUGACUGGGACUGCCUCAAGUCUAUGGUACGGGCCUUUGAGGAGCAGUGUGGGCUGCUGGGACAGUAUGGAAUGAAGCAUACGCGGGCGUUUGCCAACAUGUGCAACGCCGGCGUUGGGCCCAUAGCCAUGCCCAACCUCGCGUCCAAGGCCUGCGCAGCUUCUACUCCUUCGGCCUUCUGAUUAGUCGUAACAAGAACAUAAGGAAUGGAAUGGAUUGGUUGCUUCGGUUGUUUGUUUUGACAAAAGUAAGUGAGGCGCUCUAAACAAAAGCGACCAAACGAUUCUGAAAUAAAGUCAUCAACUUGUUGUGCAAUCCUUUUCUUUCGAAGUCAUAAUUAAGUGACAGAGGUCGCCAGGUCAUUGAUGUCGUCUUAGUAUGUUAUGUUAUUUUUCCGAUGGUUGAUUGUUGUAUCAAUCAUUGAUGUUGCGUGAGUUGUAAUACUUCUGC